GAGCGCUCGACGUCGCCGCGUAGGACCGGAACGAUGGGCUCCGACCACGACCCGGACGACGUGCCCCCGCCCCCGGGUACACCGCCCGACUCCGAGUCCGACGGCGAGCCCGCCGCCGCCGUGGUCGAGGACGCGUCUCCCGCAGGGACGAUUCCGCCCCACGAUCCCCACGCGUUGGCUCCCGCGCCGGAGCCCGAGCCCUCCACCCCGCCCGCCGCGCGUCCCGCCCCGUCCGCGCGCGCCGGAGCCAAGUACGACGGCUCGCUCGUCUUCGCCGUGCCCCCGCCCGAAGCCCUGGACGCGCGCAAGGGCGCCACCGGCGCGGCCAUCGUCCAGGACCUGGUCAAUUGCGCGUUGGAGCUGACGGAGGACCAGAUCGCCGAGUUUAAAGAGUGCUUCGCGCUGUUCGACGAGGACGGCAGCGGCGCCGUGGACACCGCGGAGCUGGGAUCGGUGAUGAAAUCCUUGGGGCAGAAGAUGACGGACGAGGAGCUGCAGACGAUGAUCACGUACGUCGACGCCGACGGCAGCGGCACCGUCGACUUCGCAGAGUUUCUCGGGAUGAUGGCGCGGCAGAUGAAGGACCACGACAGCGACCUCAUCUUACAGCGCGCGUUCGACCUGCUGGACAGCGACGGAAGUGGGAAGGUGUCCAAGGGCGCGCUGUGCUACGUGCUCGGCGCCCUGUGCGACAAGAUGACGUGCGCGGAGAUUGAGGAGCUGGUGGAUGAAGCCGGCGGUGGGGGCGACGCGCUGACGCUGUCGCAGUUCAUGGGGAUCAUGAAGAUCACCGCGUCGACGGGGGCGGACCGCGCGGUGGAGCUCAGCCGCCGCGCGUCCUCGCGAGCCAACGGCCUGAACCUCCCGGCGUAGCCACCGUACCGGGGGUGUGUUGUAGUACCAU